AUGUCUACCUUUUGGAACCCAGUCAGCGUUUGUGAGAUUGGUGAGGAUCUGGCCCACCAGGCUACCUGCUGCGGCAUCACAGAGCGAGGUGCUCGCUGUAAGAAUCGGAUCUCUGCGAAGAUGCUCAAGCAGAGAAAGGAGAAGCUGAGAAGCCUUGCUCGAGCACCUUUUCAUGCGCAAACCCUGCAGCCGACAUUACACAACAUUGCAACUCAUUUCCUGUGCUCCAGAUGGCAUCGAGAUCGGCAAGUUGACCAGGUUAGUCGACGCUGGUAUGAUGCCGCUGUUCGCAAUCAGCUCGGUAGCAACGUUGUGCUGGAACACGCGACCACGCUAAGCCACGAGGAAAGUGACCUGCGCCAACCUGCAACCCAUCAGUUGGACCAUGGUGUCUCAUAUGAUACCAGUGAGACUGAGCGCGAGCUCCCGCAAGCAAUCCAGCCUUAUGUGUCCCCCGCGAUGCUACGAGCAAACAAUGUGCCGUGGGCUGUCUCGCCGGCACAACCCGCGAUUGCGUCCGUUGCGAAUAUUUUGGCAGGAACUCAAGACCUGGAGUUACACUGUCUCGCUAUGAGCCAUGAUGUGAACGACAUUCAUUGUACCUUUUGCCUGGCGGAAGAUGGAGACACGACCGAUGAAAAUGUGAUUCUCCGAUGUCAACAAUGCCACGCGCUAUCGCACCUGUCCUGCAUGGAACUCUGGCUGGAACAGCGCGACACAAGCUUUGACACCUCUUGUUGUGUUUGCCGCAGUAAUGGUGCUCUAGAUGCCCUCAUCCGUCCCAUUAGGCGUCGGACUGACUCCGCUAGCGCGUUAAUGGUAGGCCGGGACAUAGACACGGGGCAUAAUUCGCAGCUAGAAGACACCUUGUCCACCGAGGAUAGUACGACUUCCCAGGGCCGCAUUGCUCGGUCACCCCGCGCACCAGCACGGGGCGAACCACCUCGUCGGUCGGCACGGCUGAUGCGGAAUGUCAGUAGCACUGCUUCGCUUCGACGAUCGACAAGAUUGGAGAAUAGUCGACCGCGAGGCCCCGUGGUUUCAAGCGCCCUUCCCACUACGGAAACAUUGUCGUCGCGAACCGUAGCACCGAGUUCUGUAUCCCAAGAAGGUUGCGAUGGCAUUAGUUGUGACGUCGUCCAAAAGAAGGCCCACUGCCAACAGAGAGCCCAUCUGAAGCGUAAGCCAUCUUCUUCCCCGUCAAAUGCGUUGAUCCGAAUACCAUUGGCACUCAGCAGCAACUCCUUCGCAGGACAACAGGCUUCAGAGGCACUCCGCAAGACCUGA